GCCCGGUCACGGAGAUAGCUACUGAACUGGAUUUGGCUAGAUACUUUAUGAAGAAUUCUACAACACUCAAGAAGCUCGUACUACGUUUGAAUCAGUCUUCUACUGGAGAGAAACACAGGCCUGGUGUCUUGGACCAACUCAUUGAAUCUCCAAGACUCUCUAGUUUGUGUCAGUUCGAAGUUAUUCCAGUGGUUCCAAUCUCAGAAUCAUUUGUGUGAGGUACUACUGUCAAGGAUUAGUUAAAGCUGCAAGCAAAAUGCAUCCAACUUUGAGUAUAAAAACAAGAAAGGUCAAAGAUAACAAGGAGGGCUUCAGAAAAUAGACGACGAGGGUUUCAAUAUUCAAUCUCCGGUCGUUUUCUCUCUAAAAGUCAAAGAAAAAGCUAUGCAAGGAGGAAGAAGUGGAACAAGUGGUGAAGACAGGAUAAGCAUAUUGCCUGAACCAUUGCUAUGUCAUAUACUCACCUUUCUUACUACCAAGGAAUCUGUUAGGACAAGUGUUCUGUCCUCUAGAUGGAGAGAUCUCUGGCUAUGGGUGCCUAGAUUAGAUCUGGACAAAUCUGACUUCUCAGUGGAGAACACCUGCGUGAGUUUCAUCGAUAAGUUUCUCAAUUUCCGAGGUGAGUCCUACUUGCGUGGCUUCAAGCUAAACACUGACCACGAUGAUGACGAGUCCAAUUCUUCAGUGGAGGCAUGCCUGACGCGAGUGGUUAACAAGUGUAAGAUUCAGCAUUUCGAAAUCAAGAACUACUUUGGGUUUUGCUACCUUGAGAUGUCUCUAGUCUUUUCAAUGUGUGACACAUUAGUUAGCUUGAAACUCAGCUUCGUGAUGAUGAGUGAUUACGACCAGUCAUGUUCUUUACCGUGUCUCAAGUCUCUGCACUUGGAAAAAGUUGUAUUCCCCAGCGAUGAAACUGCAGAGGCGCUCAUUUCAUCCUCUCCGGUUCUCAAGGAUUUAAAAAUGAGCCAGAGUGAAUAUGAUUCUGUGCAAGUGUUACGCGUCCGGUCCAAGUCACUAAAGAGCUUCACUCUGGAACGGGCGGAUCCUGGUCGUGUCGAAAAUAGUUUGGAGACAGUAGUGGUGGACACUCCGGGACUCCAGUAUCUGAAUCUCAUAAAUUACCAGUACACAAGCUUCCAGAUAGUUAGCUUGAGUGAAUCUGUCAAGUUUGAUAUCGACGUGGUGUUAUCCAGCACUCUUAACAUUCUAACCUUUGUUUCACAUGCUAGAGAUAUGACUAUCUCCAGGAGGACACUUGAGUUCAUCUAUUAUCACCUGGAAAUAAACCGACGAUCUAAAUUUCAUGGCUUGGCUCGUCUUCGUGCUACUAUGUUCUUAAACACCUCUCCAGCGAUGUUGCCAGUCAUUCUUGAGGCAUGCCCGAAUCUCAAACACCUCACCUUGGAACUGGUUCAUCAUUUUCUGGUGACGGAGGGGACAAGUAGGCUUCUGAAUCUACUGCCUCCUUCUUUGAUAUCGUCCCUUGAAACUGUUGAUAUCGAAAGCCCGGUCACGGAUAAAGCAACGGAACUGGAGCUGGUAAGAUACUUCUUAGAGAACUCGACAAGACUCAAGAAGAUCGUUCUACGUUUGAACCAGUCUUGUCGGAAAAAUCACAAGCCGGGUUUCCUGAAACAACUCGUUGAAUAUCCAAGAUGCUCGGGUUUGUGUCAGUUUGUCAUUCUGCACUGUUGAACUUGGAUAAUACUUUAAAGAGUAGUUAGCGAUGUAUUGAUUGACAAUGAUAUGGUUUCACUACUGAAAAAAACUAUGAUUUGAGAAUUAAAGAGACCCACUUUCGUUUUUGCC